UGGCGUACGCGACGCGGGGAAGCGACCCCCAUCGCGCGGCCGGUCUUCGGGGCGGCGAUACUUUCUCCUGGUUGAUCCUACCAGAAGUGAUAUGCUUGACUAAGAGGUGGCAUAGGCGCAGUGGGCGUCGGAAGUCGAUCCACGGGGUCGGCUUGCACAGCUUUUGAAUACUACUGUGAGUGGUUGCAGACUCAUGGUAGUGGGCCAAGCGAACGAUCAAGGUGCAGGCUCAUGGAAGUGGGCCAAGCGAACGGACAAGGUGCAGGCUCAUGGCAGUGGGCCAAGCGAACGGACAAGGAGCAGGCUCAUGGCAGUGGGCCAAGCGAACGGACAAGGUGCAGGCUCAUGGCAGUGGGCCAAGCGAACGGACAAGGUGCAGGCUCAUGGCAGUGGGCCAAGCGACGUACAAGGUGCAGGCUCAUGGAAGUGGGCCAAGCGAACGGACAAGGUGCAGGCUCAUGGCAGUGGGCCAAGCGGACGGACAAGGUGCAGGCUCAUGGAAGUGGGCCAAGCGAACGGACAAGGUGCAGGCUCAUGGCAGUGGGCCAAGCGGACGGACAAGGUGCAGGCUCAUGGCAGUGGGCCAAGCGGACGUUCAAGGUGCAGGCUCAUGGAAGUGGGCCAAGCGAACGGACAAGGUGCAGGCUCAUGGAAGUGGGCCAAGCGAACGGACAAGGUGCAGGCUCAUGGCAGUGGGCCAAGCGAACGGACAAGGUGCAGGCUCAUGGCAGUGGGCCAAGCGAACGGACAAGGUGCAGGCUCAUGGAAGUGGGCCAAGCGAACGGACAAGGUGCAGGCUCAUGGCAGUGGGCCAAGCGAACGGACAAGGUGCAGGCUCAUGGCAGUGGGCCAAGCGAACGGACAAGGUGCAGGCUCAUGGAAGUGGGCCAAGCGAACGGACAAGGUGCAGGCUCAUGGCAGUGGGCCAAGCGAACGGACAAGGUGCAGGCUCAUGGCAGUGGGCCAAGCGACGUUCAAGGUGCAGGCUCAUGGAAGUGGGCCAAGCGAACGGACAAGGUGCAGGCUCAUGGCAGUGGGCCAAGCGAACGGACAAGGUGCGGGCUCAUGGCAGUGGGCCAAGCGAACGGACAAGGUGCAGGCUCAUGGCAGUGGGCCAAGCGAACGGACAAGGUGCGGGCUCAUGGCAGUGGGCCAAGCGAACGGACAAGGUGCAGGCUCAUGGCAGUGGGCCAAGCGAACGGACAAGGUGCAGGCUCAUGGCAGUGGGCCAAGCGAACGGUCAACAUGGCAGUGGGCCAAGCGAACGGACAAGGUGCAGGCUCAUGGCAGUGGGCCAAGCGAACGGACAAGGUGCAGGCUCAUGGCAGUGGGCCAAGCGAGCGAACAAGGUGCAGGCUCAUGGCAGUGGGCCAAGCGAACGGUCAAGCUGCGGGCCAAUGGCAGUGGGCCAAGCGAACGGACAAGGUGCAGGCUCAUGGCAGUGGGCCAAGCGAUCGGACAAGGUGCGGGAUCAUGGCAGUGGGCCAAGCGAACGGACAAGGUGCGGGCUCAUGGCAGUGGGCCAAGCGAACGUACAAGGUGCAGGCUCAUGGAAGUGACCAAGCGAACGUACACGCAGUGCAGUGUUUCACGCGAUUGACCUUUCGAAAGAGACGUUGCCAUUACUAGGGUGACCUGGUGGUGCAUUGCUCUUUUUUUUUUUAAAAUUUUUCUUUUCGUUUUUUUUUUUA